AUGAUUAAUAGGAAAAUCAAAUAACAAAAUGCAAGUAUUUAAUACUACUAUUAGAAGGAAAAUAAUUGAGCGAAAAUAUCUAAGAGUAUUUGAGAAUUAUUAAAUAAUUUAAUAAAUACCAAAUAUCAGUUAUGAAUAUAGUGACUCCUGAAACAAUCAAAGCAACAAAAACAAUAAGUUCUAAUUCCAAUCGUUUUAACUUGGUUACAUAGAAAAUAGAUUUUAACGAUCCAAAACCUUUGUUACGAUUUAAGACUAUAUUGGCUAAUUAAAUCAGCUAAAAGUGAAGUAAGUUAACAAAUUCUAUUUUUUAAGCUUUCUUAACCAAGUUCCCAAU